CAGAAGGCUCCCAGUCGCAAUGGUCCAAAUCAAAAAUGAGUUUGACUCCAGUAUUCAAACCACAGCUCCAAGAGAUAACACGUGUACAGACGUUGCAGGGUUGGCAGGACCUGGUCGAAGUUCACACAUUACCAAUAGGUCAAGGAGAUUGCAACAUCAUUACGUGCAACAAAGGAAACAAUGUAAUCCUUUUUGACUGUGGCAGUAUUGGCGCAAAUUUUCUCAAAAACGAAGACUUCAAGUUCCUUAAGUCAUAUUUCGAAAAAGCUACGUUUCUGGCAAUUCUGAUUUCACAUGGAGAUAGAGACCACUACAACCAGAUACAAAAAAUUCUGACACCCAGCGUCACACCUAACAUCCAAACAAUUGUUGCAAUUCUUGGAGGAAUUCGCUCAGAUUACACCGUCAAGUUCAUGAAAUUCUUGGACAAGCUUACAGCCGAAAAUAUUGUGUUUCACAAAGGGCUUGCUGUGGGGAAAUUUUGUGAGGAUUCCACUAUAUAUUUCGAUUUUAUUGACGCAAAGACGGAGCAUCCAAACACUGAUAAAAAUCAAAUGGGAAUGUUGAUGAAGCUGACAUGCAAGGGGUGUGAAUCUUCGUUGCUAUUUGCUGGAGACAUGGAAGGUAAAGCGGCUAAGCAUUUUGCUACACAGAAAGUGGGCCGUAUGUUUCUCAGCGCUACUCACUACAAGAUGGCACACCACGGUGCAAGUAAUAAAGCUAACUACGAGCAAUGGCUCAAGGCAGUAAGCCCUGUGGAGGUACAUGUGAGUCACAAGUUUAAACAUGGCAGUUUCCGCCAUCCACGCUGUGAGGCUUAUUACCGCAUUUUGGAGAAUUGCCCAAUUGGAACAGACGGCCCUCAAUCACACAAAUUUACUUGCUACGAGACCUCUGAGAAAAGAUGGAAAGAAAAUGACAUAUGGUAUCGUGUGUACAGCACCGCACCAGUGAAGGAAAAGGUGUGCCUAAUUUCGUUAGUUUUCUCCAGGGGUUCUGAGGCAAGAACAGGAUAUUAUUGCGCACAACCAGAACGCUUUUUAUCUCAGCAAGGAUAAAUGGUCACUCUGAAAAUAGAGCAUUGGAAGUAGUGGUUCUUUUUUUAAAUAGUGAUGUAGUCGAACUAGAACUAGUAGUGCUUCUUAUUUUGUGUGUAAAUUGGGGGAUUGGUGCCCUUGUAUACUUGACAUAAUACAUACUUCUGUAAGACGCUCAGUUUUCACUAGGAUAUCACCCUAACCCUAAUUAAGAUGAAC